UCAUACCAACUCAGUAGCAGUUAUUGUUAUUCUUAUUCUUUUUGUUUUAUUGAACACUAAUUAAAUAUUGUUGGGUACAAUCCUAGUAUUGUAGAAAGAUAAGUUUUAAAAGUGUUAAAAAUGCAUUGAAUCGGUACUUAGAAAAACAGUUCAACAGCAACCAUUUUGAUUGAUUGGUAGUUAUUGUAUGUAGAAAAGAAAUAAGCAAAGAGAGGCUAAUCAUAACUAAAUCAAUUACACUAUCAAAAUCCAUAUAAAUCGAACCAAAGCUUUUCGUAGGUUUGUGUUAUAUAUUGAUAAGAUUAAAAUUUGGUUUUACGUGAAUAAUGUGUCAGAAUUACUCCCUAAGACGUUUUUGUGAGGAAUGGCGAAUUUGGAUACGACCAUUUCUAAUUAUUACCUAUGUAAUAUUUGCAAUUAUCGUAGUGCCAUUACUCAUCGUUUAUUCGCUUAAAGAUGGCUUCUCGCGUAGGAAUCAAUUGAUAUUAAUUGGUGGUUUGUUUGUACUCUCCGCCGUGCCGGUUUCAAUAUUUCAUAUUAUACAACAUGUGAUUCACUUCACGAAACCCGUCUUACAAAAACAUAUUAUACGAAUACUAUGGAUGGUACCGAUUUAUGCUUUAAAUGCUUGGCUUGGAUUAUUAUUUCCCAAACAUUCGAUAUACGUAGAUUCACUGCGGGAAUGUUAUGAAGCCUAUGUUAUCUAUAACUUUAUGGUUUAUUUGCUACAUUACCUUAAUCUUACAAUGGAUUUAGAAGCGACAAUGGAAUAUAAGCCUCAAGUGCAUCAUUUUUUUCCGCUGUGUUGUCUACGUCCUUGGAUAAUGGGACGCGAGUUCAUACAUAACUGUAAACACGGUAUUCUCCAGUAUACCGUAGUGCGACCAAUAACGACUUUUAUAUCGGUUGUAUGUGAAAUUUGUGGGGUUUAUGGAGAAGGCACAUUUGCAGGAAAUGUCGCUUUUCCUUAUAUUGUUGCCAUCAAUAACUUAUCGCAGUUUGUAGCCAUGUAUUGCUUAGUGCUGUUUUACAGAGCGAAUAAAGACGAUCUUAAGCCUAUGAAACCGAUUCCAAAGUUUUUAUGUAUUAAAGCUGUGGUAUUUUUUUCCUUCUUCCAAGGUGUGAUACUUAAUAUUUUGGUAUACUAUGACAUUAUAAAAAUAUUUGGUGCUGAGAAGAAAAGCAAUGAAUUUAAUGUAGCCUCAAUAUUACAGAAUUUUUUAAUUUGUAUUGAAAUGUUUCUGGCUGCGGUUGCUCAUAUCUAUAGUUUCCCGCACCAUCCUUUCCACAUUAAUUCACCACAGUAUUGGAAUAAUCCGAACCACAAUUGGUGCAGAGCAUUUCUCUCUAUGAUGGAUAUAUCUGAUAUACAAGAAGACGUAAGUGAGCAUCUGGGUGUCAUGAGCAGUUCGAUUAGCAGAAGAUUUCAGGGUCGGACGAGCUAUCAACCAUUGCCACGAGGACCAAGGCGCUCAAGCAGCGAGUCGGAGUACUUAAUUAAUAAACGUCAGGAUGGAGAAGUAGUCAGAGCGAAUUUGUUGGUCGUACCGAUUGCCGACGAUUUGCCAGAUACAGGUAAUAGAUAUGAAUACCAUACACAUUAUGCUAAAACGCUGGCCCAGGCCAAUCGCUAUGGAGCUACAGACAAUCUAGUUCUACCUGUUUGUGAAGCCGAAAUAACCAAAGAUUCUCCAUCUCACCCCCACUUAGCAGGAGCCCAGCCUAGCACCUCCAAAACUUCCAUACCAAUCAACAAUCACCUUUCGUCUGCAACUUCAACAAAUUUUGCUGGCAUAAGCAUACAGAAGCGGGAAUCUAAUAAUCACGAAUUUUCAACACAUUACGGCGCUCCAGUUGCUGUUGGACCCAGUUUUUUGCAGGCACGCAAUGUUUCUGCCAAUCCCAUGCCCAGUCCCAUACCAGAAUCAAGCGAUGAUUAUGCUUCUUUCGUUGGUUCCUCAAGAUGACCAUGCUACGAGAGCAAUAGCCAAUUAUACAAUCCAUCUAAUCAGUCUGCUAGUGAGUCGAUUUCGAUAGGGUUUUCAAGUAGCCUUAAGCUUUCGAAUAGUGAUAGUAACAGCAAAAAUUCAUCUGACUGGCUUAGUUCUCCCGAUGGUGUUUCUGCCAAGAUUUUAACUGAAAUAGGUCCACCCGGACGAUCUUUUACAGAACACUUCUCCUAAAAUUUACAUACAAGUAACGAAAUAUACAUUACACUAUAUGACUGUAAAAACAUCAGAAUUGUAAAUUAUUAAAUGUUUGUAAUAUUUUUACAACUUAUGUUUUGUAACCUUUAUUAU